AUGACGUCCGUGGAGGUCCUCAGAGUUUGUGAGGUGGUUCAUGAGAGCAGGAACUCCUCUGACCACAUCCCACAGAAGCCGCUCACACCUUUCAGCAUCGCAGACAUCCUCAGCAAGCCUUCUGUCCAGAAAAGCACCUGCAGGAGGAUCAGCUGGAGCCUGAGGGUGCGAGGCUGGAGCACAGGAGAGCAGGAACGUUCUGCCCUCAGCGCCCUGCAGGAGCUCACCAACAACACCUUCAGAGCCAUGGAGCUGAGCACAGCGCAGGCAGCAGGAGACAGAAAUGAGCUCGCUCGAUUUGCUCAGAGGAGCCACUCAAAAAAGCGUAGAAAGGCCAGGACUGCAUUCACCAACCACCAGCUCUGUGAAUUAGAGAAGCGCUUCUUGUAUCAGAGAUAUCUGUCUCCUGCGGACAGAGACCAGAUAGCUCAGCGGCUGGGCCUGACCAACGCGCAGGUCAUCACCUGGUUUCAGAACCGCCGAGCCAAAUUAAAGCGGGACUUGGACGAAAUGAAAGCGGACGUGGAGUCUGCCAAAGCCCUGGGAAGUGAGGCCACCCUGGCUGACCUACAGAGGAGUGGAGAUGGGACUGGGGGCCCCUCGAGGCCAGAGGCCCCCUCUCAGCUGGACCACAAGCAGGAAUUGGUGCACAAAUUGCAGCGGUCCCCCGCGUCGUCCCCCUCAGACCACACAAGUCAAUACAGCUCUGAAGAAGAAGAGGAUGUAGAGAUAGACGUGGAUGAUUAA